CGGGCUCCGCCGCCGCCGCCCCUUGGCUGCCUCCAGCGCCGCCCCGCUCCGCUCCGCGCCGCCCCGCCGGAGCGCCGGGGGGAGCCGCGCAGCUCCCCGCACCCGCGGAGCCUCCUCCCGCCGCUGCCGGGGACGGAGAGGGCCGGGGGAUAUCGCCGGUGCUUGGUCGCCGCCGCCGGGUUCCUCCUCCCCGGGGAUGAAGACUCCGGUGGGGAGCCCCGCGGAGCGGGUGGUCCCCGGGGAUCCGCGCCCGCGGUAGUAACAAGGCUCCCAGCGCCGGGACCGCUAUGGAGAGGGUGCUCAACGCCACUUGUUUCGCUGCUGCCGCCGCCAUGCACGAUGCUGGCAACCGGAGUGCAUCGCCCGCCGGUGCGGAUGGCGGCAGGACGCAGCUCUCCGUCUUCAGCGUGUUGGUCCUCACCCUCCUGGCCAUGCUGGUGGUGGCCACUUUCCUCUGGAACGGGUUGGUGCUGGCCACCAUCCUGCGGGUGCGCACGUUUCACCGGGUGCCCCACAACCUGGUGGCCUCCAUGGCCAUCUCCGACGUGAUGGUGGCGGCCCUCGUCAUGCCCCUGAGCCUGGUGCACGAGUUGUCCGGGCGGCGGUGGCGGCUGGGCCGCUCCUUGUGUCAGGUGUGGAUCUCCUUCGACGUCCUGUGCUGCACCGCCAGCAUCUGGAACGUCACGGCCAUCGCCCUGGACCGCUACUGGUCCAUCACUCGCCACCUGGAGUACACGCUGCGCACCCGGCGCCGCAUCUCCAACAUCAUGAUUGCCCUCACCUGGGUGCUCUCCGCCUUCAUCUCCUUGGCCCCGCUGCUCUUUGGCUGGGGAGAGACUUAUUCGGAGGACAGCGAGGAGUGCCAGGUCAGCCAGGAGCCCUCCUACACCAUCUUCUCCACAUUUGGCGCCUUCUACCUGCCCCUGUGCGUGGUGCUUUUUGUGUACUGGAAGAUCUACAAGGCAGCCAAGUUUCGCAUCGGGUCCAGGAAGAACAACUCCAUCACCCCCGUUACACCCGGAGCCCUGGAGGUGAAGGAAGCCGCCCAGCAGCCACAGAUGGUCUUCACUGUCCGGCAUGCCACUGUUACGUUCCAGACGGACGGAGACACAUGGAGAGAGCAGAAGGAAAGGAAAGCUGCCCUCAUGGUGGGCAUCCUUAUCGGGGUCUUCGUGCUCUGCUGGAUCCCCUUCUUCAUCACGGAGCUCAUCAACCCGCUCUGCUCCUGCGACAUCCCACCCAUUUGGAAGAGUAUUUUUCUAUGGCUAGGCUAUUCGAAUUCCUUUUUUAAUCCACUCAUCUACACUGCUUUCAACAAAAACUACAACAAUGCCUUCAGGAACCUGUUCUUUAGACAGCACUGAGCGAGAGAAAGCUUUCCCGCUGCCCCAGGGGGCUGUUCUCAGCUCGCGGUGAAACCAACCAAACUCCAGGGAGUUGAAAGCCACAGAUACUGAGGUGAUGCUAAAGACGCAUCCCCACGGGUCGUACGUCCUUGUUCCUACACAGACUCUAUCCCUGCUUCUAAGGCAGUUGCUAUUUUUCUUGAAACAGCAUGUGAGGGUUUCUCUGGCCAGCAGUGAAGCAUUCUUCCUCCAGUGCCCCACCGCUCCCUUGCCUUCGCAGGGAUGUUUUUGGGACUGUGUGGUGGCAGUAAUAAUGCACAGCAGCCUUCUGGCAAAAGGUCACAUCUGAAACUCUGGUUUCAGCUCCUGCCUGGUCUCUCGGAGCAUUAAUCAGCUUUGUCCCACGUGCAUAGCUGGGACCGCUUAAUGUCAGGAGGUUUCGGGAUUAUGUGUGAAGCUCGAUGUUUAUGGCUCGGUCGAACAGACUGUUUGUCUUGUCUUUCACUGGUGGAGAUUGUUACGUGUCUAUACUUGAUGAAUAAAGGUCCUCAGCAAGGGUUAAAAGCAGACUCCCAAGUACUUUCUCACAUGCUUUAUCAACAACAGAUUGUGCUAUUUGCUAUUGGAUUCCAAGUAGCAAAGCUUUUUUUUCUUUUUUUCUUUCUUUCUUUCUGUGUUUGUUUGUUUUUGCUUUGUUUUGUUUUGUUAAUAUAUUUAUUGUGAAGGCUUAAUGCAUGGUAUACACUUGAAUGAGAAAGAAUGCCUGGGAAAUCCACCUCUCAUUCUCUGACUGCUACUUGUGAGCAUCUGUCUCAGACCUUUACUUCCCAAAACACCAUGUGUUCCUGGCCUAUAAAUGUUAAACUUUGUGUCUGUGUUUGCCAUUCUAAACCACAGAUGUAUUUUGAGCGGCUGUGGGGCAGGUUUCCUGUCUUUUCAGGGGAUGUAAGGAGCGUAUUCCAGAUUUUGUGUCAAUACAGAUCUGCAUUUGGCUACUUAUGGGUGUGAUUCAGGUCUUCCUGAAGUCAAAGCAAGGACCCCACUUAAUUUCCUCGAACACUGGACUGCAGAAAAGGGGCAAUUAAUGAUGGGCAGUGUUUCAUUCUGGAAGCAAAACCAAUCCAUAGAUGUGCUCCACCACGAGGACCAGACUUAAGCAAUUCUUCUUUACCCCAUCCCACCUCUUCCUCCCCCAUAAAGCUUCUGUCCUGCCUGGUGGCUAUUGCUCUGUGUCCUCUCUGCCUUUCCGUGUUGCCAACAUAAUUAUGGUUGUUGACAUUUCACUCCUAGAAAUAUGCACUUUAUACAGUGCCAGGGGAAGGCUGACAGGCCUCCAGAUAAAGAAAAGCAUUAGUUUUAACUAUCACCUCUUAGGGGGCAGCCUCUGAAAUCAGAUUGGAACUGAAAUGGUGAAGAAAAAGACAAGAUGGGAAUCAGAAUGACAUGAUUUCAUGUCAGAUACCUCAAGAAGAAGAGAUAAAAGGGAAACAUGUCUAUAAAUCAUGGGAAAGCUCCCUUGUGGCAGAUAGGAUUAGUUCCUAUCCUUAGUGGAUCAUGAGACAUCAGAAGUUGAAAUUGUCACUGGUCCUUUAAAUCAGUCAAAUAUCUGGUAGAGUUGGUAAAAAAAGACCUUUUUCUUUUGUAAUCUUGAGACAGGUGAAAAUGGAAGCAGAGCUCAAGGUGCUCUCAGGCCUUGCAGUUCUUUCAGGACCAGUUAGACAAACAUCCAUCAGGAGUGACACAGACGUAGCUGAUCCUGCCUCCAGGCAAGAGGAGAGACGAGAAGGCCCCUGAGAUCUUUUUCAACACUAUUUUAUAAAAGUCUGUUAGAAAUAUUAGGUAAAAUCCUACCCUCACUGAAGGCAGUGGACAAAUUCUCAGGGACUUCAAGUAAAUCAUCCAACAAGCUUUGUUGUGUAAAAGGAUAGUUUUAAUGUUAAUUAAUUCAUGAAGAUGGGUGGGAUGGGAACGAUCUUCUAAUUCCCCUGAAACAGUCUCUGAUCUGCACUAACAAUGGACCAACCUCCCUACAACUGACAAAGAGUAUUUCAUUUCUUCAUUACAUUAAGUAUUACCUCUGACAUAUCAAAAAUUGUGAUAAACUCUUGAGAAAAUUUCUUUUAGUGGGGAUAUAAAGGUUGCAUUGCUUUCUUUGGACAGCUCAUCACCAACACAAAGUCGUAUUUUUGGGGAACUUGACUGCUGUUGUGUGAAGGGUUGUUCAGCCAAAAGUGAGUUGGAAAAAAAGGUUCCCUCUCCAGCCAGACCCUCAGCUCAGCUCUGUAGUAGAAGCUACAUGACAGUUUUCAGCUAGGCCUGAAAGGAGAAAAUGGACUAUUUAUUUCGUCUGAACUACAUGGCUCUGAAAUACAAUCCAUGCACUUUUAAACACUGUCGUGUUUUAAGCAUGCAAGACCUUCUUGAGGUCUGAAACAGAAGAAAUAACUUUUGAGCUAGAGUUGGGUAAAAAUUUAUCCCAAUGUAUUACGCUAAAUGAUCAGACAACUCUCCAUCUAUGCCAUUGGUAUUUUCCUUUUUUAAUUGUUAGGCACCACGGCAAAAAUUUCAACACAGAAGCAUGGAUUAAUCAUGACACUGGACUUUAGCCCAGGUUAACACACAAUGCUAUGUCUACACAACCCCAUUUCAGGCCGGGCUGUGUCCCUUUCCCAUUUCUAUUUGCUGUUGGAUGAGUACUGCAGAUUCUCGAUGGUUCCUGCAGUUCUAUGUCAUGCAGGAUCCUUGAACAGGAUGUAGAAUAAACUGUAUCUUAACUUAAUAUCCCGUGUAAGUAGACAAAACUCAAACUGAAACUAAUGGGAAAGAUGCCUGCUGUUGCUGUGGCUUGCUGUCUGGGUUGAAGCUCCCUCUCAUUACAACCUGUGUUUAUUCGUGCUAUGCCUUAAGCAGUGACAGGGAGAUGGGAGAGGAUUAUAAAAUGACACUAAAUAUUUCUAAUUUGUCUAUAGUCAUGGAUAGUCCAAUAUCCUGGCGCAAAUUACAUCCACAUCUAUUUGACAACCCACAUCCCAUACAAUCCAUACUGAUCUUCUGCAAAUAACAGCUUCCAGCUGGUCAUAAGUUUUGUUCCUUUGAUUCUGCACAUAAUUAGCAGCUCCAUUACGGGCUGAUUCCUACAGCUCUUGCUUGAGGCUUAAGACCAGUGGCUUUUCUUCUAAAUACCACUCCUGCAAUGUAAUGUGAUCACACAGGAAAAAUAUCAGUAUUCCGGAGACUGUGCUGAAGAUUUGCAUCGAAACGUGCAGCUAUGAUCAGAGCAUAUGAAGGGGCAUAAAGAAACCUUGACUUCUGAUCCUGGCUCUGAGGCUUUUUACAAAGCUCUGCCUAUUCAAACACAUAUGCCGAGUGGGCUCCCAGAGACCCAGAUCAUGUUUGAAGACAUGCAGCCCCAGCUUCAAAGGAUGUGUCUUGUACCUUCUUGUUCCCAUUUAUAAAACGGAGUCAGUGGUGUGAAGAGAUCUACCUUGCUGAGGCUUUGUGAGGCUUAAUUAGUAAAUGUUUAUCGUGUACGGGGAAGGUGGAACACUCUGGUUUGAAUGCUGAGCCGCAUUAUAAAUUGGGCUCCUAUUUAAUUUCUCAGAAGAACAUUAUUACCCAUUAUUAUUGAAUUUCCUAUGCAAUUUAAUGGCUAUAUAUAAUACUUCCAGAAAAGAUUUAACUAACCUUCUUCCACUUACAAUUAAUUUAUUUUCCUCUCAACGCUCUGACAGUUCAAUGAACAUCUGUAUGGGAGCACGAAAGCUGGAGCAACCGCGGCGCGCGCUGCCUGCUGAAUGUCUCCUCACAACACUGAAUGCAUUUGGUCAAGGUUCAAGGAGCAGCAGCUCUCAAGGCGGCCUGCUACCCUCUUUCCUGUAUUUUUUUAGGGAGAGGAAAAGGUCACAAAAAGCAUGCCCUUGGAUUAAAUGACAGGCAGGCUGAACACCUUCCCCCUCCACCCCGUACUGCUGACCUUUCUUCUCGAUGCAGGCAGGUCAAAUGGUGACUCCAGGACAGCCAGAGGUGGGCCACGCGUGCCUUCACCUUCCCUUAAUUUACCCAGCUUUUUCCCAAAAAUUUCCACUGAUGUGGCCUUUAAGCUGUCAGUGGCAGCUGCAAGAGGUGGUUUCAUGGAGGUAAAGUUGUGGGCAAUUAAGGAAAUUUCAUCUGACAAAGGUAAUUAAUGGCUAUUAGUUCCAGCGAUCACUGCGGUGAGGUAUAACUGAUGAAGUGCCAAGGUGAUUUCUGUAAAGGAAUGAAUGAUUUCGGCUGCUUUGUCCAGGAGGGGCACAGCACCCUCAUCCACUUGGAUCCCUCUCUGCACCCACAAAUGGGGACAGCAGCAGACAAAGGGAAGACGGUGAGGGUGUCAUUAGUGCCCCAUGGGGGAGCAGUGGGGUAAAAUGCCUCUAUCAAAAUCUGCAUCCCUGGCUGAAUGGCACCAAGCUGCCAGCUCCUUUGGCUUUAAAAGAGGUGGGCAAAAAGCUCUUUAAAUCACCGUUAUUUUCCGUAUCACCUGAGAUGAGUUGCAGAAGGCUGGAUGAUAGCUGAAGUUGUGCUAUUUUGAAAGGGCAAACUGAGGGAACUGAGUACCCAUAAGGCUGAUGCUGUUACU